AUGAAUAUCACAGUCACCUUCAACGAGCUCCUCAGGGAGCGCAAUGCGCCGGAAACGAAAAAACGUGUCAGCCUGGAUGCUAUAGAUGGUUUUCUGAAAGAGGCGUAUCGGAUUAAUUCGCACAUUACCAGCCUCCAUCGAGAACUCCAAGAUGUUAGACAAGCCUACCUCUCGACCGCGCAACCACGAAAGACGAAUAGCCGAGCCGCACAAGGUCAAUCCCGUGUACUCUCGGAUCGAGACAGAGAAGAAGUCGAUGCCAAUGCGAAACAGAUGAUUCGAGAACUGAAUGCUGGCAUUCGAGCUCUUGACGAGGCCGAGCAGUUACGGCAGGAAACCGAGACUGCUAUGAUUCGAAAGAAAUAUGUGGGAGGUCUAGGCGCUUUGGGUUCUUGGGCUUCUGGUGGCAUGGUUAGUAGCAAAACAAAGGAGCAUGAGGAAGCAGAUGCCAAAGCGCGAGAUGUAGGCAUCCACCGAGAUGGCAUUCUCUGGUUCUUACGGCAACGGCUAGAAUCAUGCUGCCGAACGCAACAGGACAUGAUGGAAGCACGACUGAUGCGAGAGAUGGAAAAGAGCCGCAGCAUGCUUUCAAGAGCUGGUAUCGCUGGAGACUUUGCAGAAUUUCCUCCUUCUGCCCGAAGGCUUUCGCAAACAGCACCUGCAGGGCAGAUCCCUAUGUCCGACGACGGGCAGUUCCCGAGCCAGGGUCUCACAGAAGAGCAGAUUCAGAUGUUUGAGGAAGGGAACCAAGAUAUGAUGAAGCAUUUCGAGAGUAGCUUGGACAAAGUCAGGACGGCUGAGAAGUCAUUACUAGAGAUAUCCGAGCUACAAUCGCUGCUUGUAAACAAUCUCGCAACACAAUCAGCUCAUAUCGAGCAACUAGUGUCAGACUCAUUUUCGACAACAGAAAACGUUGGUGGUGGUAAUAAGGAACUCAAAAAGGCGACGCAACGGGCUAGUCCAGCCAAGUAUACUUUCUUCGCAGCAGGUGGACUUUGCGCGUUUCUGGUCGUUUGGGAUCUUAUAUUCUGA